CCGACUCGAUGUUGUUCCAGCCAAUGGACAAGAGUUGGAAAUUGUUGAUGAUGUGCUAGAUGUCUGAGAGAGUCUUCCGUGGGAUGCCGCUCUCAAGGGAUUCGGUGCUCACACAAAUCUGAGGACUACCGAGCUCCGACCCCUGUUGGCAUCCUGCUCGAUUCAUGGACGUCUUUUGGACACCAUGAUUGCUGCAGUGGUUGAAGACCUCCAGUCUGUUUCUAUUGAAGACCCCCAGUCCGUUUCUGUUGAACCUCUUGACUUUGCAGAUAUCCUUCGGCUCAAUGAGACACGGUGGAAGAACUAUGAGACGGACCGGGCUUUUGUUCACCUUCGCACCAUUGGCUCUGCAUUGCAUGACGGCACAAUUAAUCGUGUUCUCUUCCCCAUCAAUAUCGACAAUGUUCACUGGGCUGCUAUCGAGGUCAAUGCUAUCGACCGAAGUAUCUCCUAUGCUGACUCCCUUGACUGGAGUUGGCCCAACAAAGACAUUGAUGCUAUACAUCGUUGGCUGGGCUAUCAUGGUUUCGCCAAAUUUGACCGGGCAACCACACUCCAGCAUGGCGAGCAGCGGGACUCGUUCUCAUGUGGUAUCGCAGCUAUAAACACAAUCAAGCAUGCGCUGUUUUGCGAUCCAUUGUUCACUGAUGAUAGAGCGUUUUCCCUCCGCAUGGAAGAGUUUCUUCAUAUUGCUUACAAUCACCUUGAGCUCUCUGAUCCCAAUGAUGAUCUAAAUGACAGCUUGUAUUCAGACAGCGAUGAUUUUGAGAUGGAAGAAACUCAGCCACUGUCCCGCAAUGAUCAGUCACGGUCUCCGCCCUCUCCAACUCACGAUCAGUCACUGUCCCCGUCCUCCCCAACUCUGCCUAUACAUCCUCCACAUAAUAAACCGAAACUCAACCUUCGCACCUCUGAUGCAGAUUGGAGCACUGGUCUGUUCAAAUUUUUCCCAACGGUUUCACGCGAUGAGCAUUUAAAGCUUGCCUGGAAACCUUCUACUUGGGAGCUCAAGGACUGGGAGCAGCAGGAGCGGGCCCGUUACCAGAAAAGGUUGGAUAUGUUUGAGAAGACUGCUCACAAGCGUGAAAGGGCUGCUGAGCGCAAGAGAAAGCAGCGAGCACGUGAAAAAGCCACCAAGCAGAAACUGUCCAUUGAUUCAGUUCUUCACGACAGCAAUCCUCAGCCGCUAGCAAUUAGUAUUGCAGAGGCGUCACGUCCAUAUCGCCAAUUGCAAAGGCAUGCUCACAGCAAACAGACAUCCAACCUAGGCCGGAAGCGCAAGCGAGAGGAUGGAGAUGCUUUGCGUGUCAACUGGCAGAGCCCUCUUUUAUGGCCGACUAUCGAAGCAGCUGCCAUUCAUGUUGGCUACGGAAUGUCACCAAUCGAGAUUGAGCGUGAGCUUAAGCGAGUUGAUCCCUCUCGCUUUUGUGGUAUUUCUGCACAGGUUAUAGGAAGGUGGGUUGACCAUAGCGGGACACGGCCAGUAUGGCGUGCCAAUGUCCUUGCUCGUGUUAAGAAGGGAAACCUUCCCUUGAUGACUGGAACACCACCAAGCAUCCUCUCAAAGUACCCCGACGUUACAAAGACCAUUAUCAAAGAUUUCCAGGCUUUGCGUACCGUCGGUGUCGCUUUGGACACAAUGCGUUGUCGUGGUGUAAUCAUUGCUCGCCUCGCCGUCUCUUGCCCCGAAAUAUAUGAGGCCACUGCCAAGGAUGGCUCAAGCUUUCGAUGUACUGAGUCUUGGGUCAAAAAAAUUGUAGAUCAGACUCUCAACUGGUCGUUUCGUCGUGCAACUCGUGCUGCACAAAAGACUCCUUCCAAUGCUGAUCAGCUCUGUCUGGACCAGUUUUAUCGUCUAACUUUAACUAUCCGUGAUUGCGCGAUCUUUGAUGCUUCCUUCUAUGUCAACAUCGACCAGACCAACAUCGUCUAUCAACCUGGAAACACCGCUACAUACCAAGAAGUUGGUUCUAAGCAAGUCGCAGUCAUUGGACAGGAAGAAAAACGAGCAUUUACUGUGCUCGUCGGCAUCUCUGCGUCUGGGGACGCUCUUCCAUUCCAGGUCAUCUAUUGCGGCAAAACCGCUCGUUCACUCCCCUCGAAAACCACACCGCAGUUCAAGGUUGCACAAGACUUAGGGUUCAAGCUGUGCUUCUCCAAUACUGACACUUAUUGGUCAACAUUCCAGCUCAUGUGUGACUACAUUCGCGAUAUUCUAGUUCCCUACUGGAUGAAACAGAAGGAACUUGUUGGGGCUCCUAACGACCAAGAAUGUAUCCUACAGCUGGAUGUUUGGUCGGUACACAAGUCUGUGCAGUUUCACACUUGGCUUGAUCAGCACUACCCAUGGAUCAAGUACCGCUUUGUUCCUGGUGGUUGCACUGGAAUUGCCCAGCCGUGCGAUGUCGGCAUCCAGCGCCCGUUUAAGCUUGCUGUCAAGCGGUCUCAACAUGCUGAUAUUGUUGAGGAGUCGUUGUCAUUACUGAAGAAAGAUAAAGCUGCGCAUGUCAUCCGACUGGACACAACAUUACCCACUCUCCGUGAUAGGUCUUUAUGCUGGCUCAUCAAUGGUUACCAUGCUAUUAACAAGCCUGACAUAGUCAAACAAUCGUUCUUUCAGUGCAAGGCUGGCGCGGCAUUUGACCUCUCUUUUGCGAGCCUCACCAGUCGUGAGGCUCUUCAUGCACUGCGUGACGUGGAGAAAAACGACACCAUGACUUGGGAUCGCAUCAAAACAUCUCAAUAUAAAACUCCCAAGGCCGACGACGAAGAAGAGCCGCCUUUCACACAUGCGGCAGAUGCUGAGCUCGAUCCUAGUGAUGUUUCCAUGGAUGUUGUUCUGCAGCAUAUUGCAUUGGGUGAAUCAACUGUCCCUCAUGGCUAUAGCGCUGAUGAAUCAGGUAAUCUGCUGGUAGACAACGAGUCGGAGAGCUAUGAGCAAGUGGUACUGCCAGUGGAUGACACGGAGCUUGAAUCUACAGUGAAUGGGUCUAAGGAGGUUGAGGCUGGGGGCCGUGGAAAGCGCAGACGCAUUGCAAACACUCAGUACAAGGAUUUUUGGCUGCACUAG